GUAACGGAGGAAGAGAAGAAGCGAACUUGGUAGCCUCCUAGCCUAGCUGUGAGCGUCUGCUGCGACUAGCUGCUUAGCAGACCACGUAGCUGUAGGUUUUACUGGAGUUGCUCACCUCAGUCGGGUCCGAUGGUUUAUAACACCGUCCAAACAUGGGUGACAUGAAAACCCCAGAUUUUGAUGAUCUUUUGGCUGCCUUUGAUAUCCCAGAUGCCACGGGGUUGGAUGCCAAAGAACCCAUCCAGGAGAGUCAUGAGGAGGCAGAGGGUCAGCUGAAGCACGCAGGGAUGUGUCUGGAUGACAGCCUGUUGGUUAACCAAACUGUCACUGCAACAGACAUUCCUGUUGUAAGUGUUAUUGUGAAAAACACAAGCCGUCAGGAGUCUUUGGAGGGUUUUUGUGAUAGGCUACACUCAGGACCAACGUUGCAAAAUGGAUUCAGGGGAGCAGGGACCUCCAUUGACUCUGAUGAGCCAAGCAACACAGGCUUUUCCAAAUCAUUCGUGUCUUCGUUAAAUGGGGAUAACUCAAGUGAACUUCUGGGGAAGGCUCCAAUUCAGCAUAAGCCUGAAGGAACACCAAUAUUCUCUCAGUCUUUCUCACAGUUUAGUCCCAUCUCCAGCCCUGAAUCUGAAGACACUCCAAGUAGUAAAGAUGACAUCUGCCCAAAACAAGAGAGACCCUGUUUCCCUGAAGCUUCAGUUUUGGUGGAGCCUUCUAUGUCAGACAAUCCAAAAAAACUGGCCCUCAGCAUGUUUGAUGAUUGCCCAAAGGACUCUGAUUUCCCCAAGAACACUCCCAGGAGCAGAGGAGAAUCCAUCCAAACAGAAACUACAAGGACUGAGGAGCCAUCUGAAAUGUAUGUCAGCAACCAAACAGAAAAAGCAGAUACAGUACGUGGUACACCCGCCACAGCAAGUGUUAACCAAAACUCUACCGAGAGUGACUGCAAUACAGCACCCAAGAUGGAUAUUUCCUCUUCUCUUCCACAUGUCAAAUCUCAGACAUCUAAAUUGUCCUCUUGCCUUGAGGCACUGGUAGCUCUCAAUGCUAGAAAGGAUCCUAGUGAGCAAACUAAUCCGAGAGAGCCAUCAGCAGUCCAGAAUGACUGUAUGAAGGCCAGCCCCAAGGUGCCUAUAUCACCACGAAGCCCCAGGAGUCCUCUUGAGGCUGUGAAACGGCUAAUGAAACCCUCUGACAGCCCUGUAAGCAUCUGCAGCGACAGUAGUGGCAAAGCAUCUCCUGCCAUGGCAUCUGGCUCACCUCCAGCCAUACCAAGGGUCAGAAUCAAAACCAUCAAAACCAUGUCCGGGCAGAUCAAGCGUACAGUCACCAGUGUAUUGCCUGAUUCCGAAACGGACGAAGUGCAGUCCGCAUACGAGUCCUCUCCAUCGCAGAGUAUGAUUAGUGACGAUUCUUACUGUAAUAUGUCCCCUCAUCACUCCCAAAAUGUGGUCGCUGAUAGCACUGUUGGACUGCAUACUAAAGGUACCGCAAUCAGUACAUCUUCAUCGAAGGUUUUACACAGCAAAACAGAGGGACACUUCAGGAGGUCAGGCGUAAUGCAGUCUCCGUCAGUUUUUCAUAAUACUAACGCUCCUGGCAAAAGAUCUGUUGCACACCAAGGGCAGAAACCAAAGAGAAUAACAUCAGCCCAGACAAGCCACACAACCGGUACACACUUCCUUCCCAAAGCAAUGCACUUAGCCAAUCUUAACCUGGUCCCUCACAGUGUUGCUGCCUCAGUGACUGCACGGUCCACCUCCCAUCAACAGAGCCAGCACACGCUCUCCUCCAUGGUGUACAGCACCGUCCCACUGGUGCAUCAAGUGAAGACAGCCAACCCUUACCCACGCGCCUCCAUGCCCAAUACAGCAGCGGGAACCUUAAACAGACUUUUGAACAAUGCCAACCCUGUGCCUACGUAUGUGCCCAACCUGAAUCCGCCUCCAGAGAGCAACAUCAGCCUUCCUCCACGGGGAUACUGCUGCCUCGAGUGUGGGGACUCCUUUGGGGUGGAGCGGAGUCUCAUGUAUCAUUACGGCAGAAGGAGUGUUCACAUUGAAGUAGCGUGUACCCACUGUGCAAAGACAAUGGUGUUCUUCAACAAGUGUGCCUUGUUGGCACAUGCACGGGAGCACAAGAACAACGGAAUGGUGAUGCAGUGCACACAGCUGUAUAUGAAGCCCAUUGCGGAGGAACAAAUGUUUUUACCCUUGAGUACUGAACCUGUGAAGGUGGACUCCUAUCCUUCACCGUCACCCUCACCUAAAAUCCAACCGGUCAUGCCCCUGUAUCCAGACAAUUCCAUUCGCCACCGGCUGCGUUGCUUCGAGUGCAACAAGCAAUUAGGUGACUAUAAAGCACUUGCAGGCCAUUACCAGAGGCUCUCAGAAGACAUGGAAGGACUAAUAUGCAAGGUGUGCUCAAUGUUGCUGCCAAACAAGUGUAGCUUCAGAGCUCACCAGCGCAUUCAUGCUCACAAGUCUCCCUACUGCUGCCCUGAGUGUGGCGCGCUGAGUCGCUCUGCGGACAUCCAGAAGCAUGUGAAGGAAAACUGCCUGCAUUAUGCACGCAAGGCUUGGCACAAGUGUCUUCACUGUGAUAUGGUUUUCAAGACACUUCAAGGUCAAAAGAGUCACAUUGAAGAGAAACACUGUGAAGUCUUUUAUAAAUGCUCCAUCUGUCCGGUUGCCUUCAAGUCCUCUGACAGCUGUGAAAUUCAUUUGAAAAACAAACACAGCGCCAGCAAAAUAUCCCCUCAGUUAAUAUUCAAGUGUUCCUGUGAGACUGUGUUCAAGAAAAAGCAGUUGUUCUUUCAGCACUUCCAUCAGAAUGCCAACAAGCGUGUUACUUGUGUAUUCAAGUGUCCAGAAUGCAACUCAGUGUUUCCCCAGAAACAACUGUUAAUGCAGCACUUCAGGAGUGUGCAUGGUGGAAUUUUGAGAGCAGAGGUGGAAAAAAAUGGCAAACAAGCGGGCAGGACCGCAUGGUACCAGGAUGCUCCCUCAACAGUGCAGCAGCUGAAAGGUCACAGCCCUGUCAAACACGCAGAUGUUCCCAGAAAGAAGGCAGAGCAGGACAACAAGCCUCGUGUGAAGCCAACCGGCUGGACGUGCGGGGAGUGUCUCCAGUGGUUCCCUGACCGAGAUGCCUAUGUUUCUCACAUGAAGACCAACCACGGCAGGUCACUGAAGAGGUAUCCAUGUCGACAGUGUGAGAGGUCUUUCAACUCUACGACCAGUUUGAGGAGACACAUUCGCAAUGACCAUGAUGGAAAACACAAAAUUUAUACUUGUUGGUAUUGCACCGAUACCAACACAAUAUUUGGGACAAGUGUGAUGCUGAAGAAUCACAUCAGUCUCAUGCAUGGAAUCAAAAAUCCUGAUCUCAGCCUAAUGCCAAAAACAGCCACAGUGGACUCCAACAAGUCCUUGGCGGAGGGGCAUAUUUCAAAACGACCGGCCGUGGGCACACAGGAUGAGGGGCAGGACGGUGGCGGCGGCAGUCGGGACGUUCCCUCAGCGAAGCGUCUGAAAGCUCAGUUUCGUUGUUCCAAGUGCGGCUUCGUCACAGAGGAUAGUACACAGUUCCAGCAGCAUAUACCUCAACACAAAACCGAUGGAAACACUCCCCAGUGCCUUCACUGUGGUUUGUGUUUCACAUCUCUGCUGUCUCUGAACAGACACCUUUUCAUUGUACACAAAGUCAAAGAUCCAGAGGAGGAGGAGAUGGGGCCGGUGCCGGAGCCAGAGGCCAGGGAGAGGGAGCAAGAUAAUCUGUCUGUUAGAUCAGCAGAGGCUGAUGAGGCAAAUGAUUCGGGAGCAGAGCUCAGUGAAACGGAGCCCUCACAGGCAGAAGAGCCAGCAAGUCUGCACUGUGACACGACCACAGACUGUAAGUUAAAACCAAGCAGUCGCUCUCAAACACAAGCAGCCUCUCUCCAGUAGUGAGAGCCAUCUUUGAACCUCUUUAGCGUUUUUGUUUUUUUUUUUUUUUUUUUAUGUGAAAAAUACAGGUGAUCGUGUUCUGCACAGAGGUGGUAUAUAGUUGUGGGGGCUUUUGUCAUUUCUUUCAAGGCAGUCACAGGCCGGUCGAUUAAAACAGAUUCUUACAAGACAGUAUUUUCAUACUUGAGAUGACGUGAAUUCAUAUGUUGGCGUCCUGUAUUAUUUUUUCAGUUAUCAUUUAUCACUGUGUAUCAUUGUGCAUGUUGGUAUUAUAUGACAUACAUCUGUUGAGCCUUUCAGACAGCCACACUUAAUUUGUUUUUAUGUUCCAUUGGUAUUUUCAAAUGGCUCCAACCAUCCUAACAAGAGACUCAGGAAUGUCUGUUAAUUUUUGAACCCAGUAUUGAUUGCUAGAAUGUGAAGUGGGUGGAACUUUGUUGUUGAUAGCCAUCUGAAUUGUUUAAAUUUACUUUGAAAUAUUAUGUUGUGCUACACAGAACAUUAUAUCCUGAAUAAAAUUCAGGGUGAUUGAGGCAGCACUGGUUAAAUAUAACAGUACUGCAGUUCAUAUGCAUUUUAGGUUAAAAUAUUUAGACUUAUAGUCACAAUUUAUCACAAAAAAUGGCAUAGAUAUAUAAUAUCCAUUUAAAAAAAAAAAAGAAUAGUUUUGCAUUCAUAUGUAACAGUUAAUCAAAAUAGCAGUCUUCUGCACGAUCACAUGCAGGUGUGGAGUUGCCUUGCUAAGCAUAGCCCACUAAAAUUGGGCUAUACAUAAAACAAUACUUGCUUUUGACUAUUUAAAAAUUAGACUUCAAGCAUUUUAAAAUGCUUUUUGAUCUUGUGUUUAUUGUAAAAGUGUUGCAUUUCUGGUUGCAUGUUGCCCAAGAGCUGUUCUAAUAUUUUCAUGUUGUUUUUUUCUUUUUCUUUUCUUUCCUUAAAUUAGUUCUGUGGAGAUGUGGAGAAAUGAGGUAUUGGAUGUGUGGUGCAGCAGUAUUGAAAAUACCUCAAAUUGCCAGAAGUGUAUUAUUCAGGCAAGUUAACGGAUGAUAUUAACAUCAGGGUACACGGUUUUGGAGAAUCCAGUGCAGAUGUUGUGAGGUGUGUAAGUGAAGGUUGAUGGCAUGUUGGAAUUCAUGUUUUAGAAAUCAGGGCCUGGAAUCACAAAGUCUAUUUGGGAGUAGGAGUAAUAAUAUAGAAACACUGGUCAAGUUACAGGACCCUGUUAAAAAACAUGAUGCAUUUAGAGGGAGGAACGCUCUCUGAUCGGCACUUGUAGAGUAUUUUCUGAGCGCAGGCCCCGAUUUGUAAAGCAGUGCAUAUUGUUUUGUAUUUGAUACAUGAUAGUUACUACCUCCAUGGUAAAUGGCAGUGAUUGAAAGUGUUUGAGGAGUUGCAGAUAAUCUCAGUGCAAUGUAAAAACAAGUUUAUAAAAUGUGUAUUAUCCCACAUUAUUAAAUUUUAUAAAUUAUUUUGGGAAUCAUUAACAAUAUAUGGUCAUAUUGACUUAACUGGCAAGUGAACUUUCUAUGUAAGUGCUAUAUGAGCUGUUUAUUUCUCUGUAAUCUUAAAUAUCAGUCUUAAAACUCAACGCUUUGCAGCUGUUGAACUGCAGAGGCUAAAAUUACAUGUACCUUUCACAACUUGUUCUUUUGUAAUGCUUGUUGAAAGAUAUUUGUACUUUUUGAUACUGUGUACAAUAACAACUUGUAUAGGACGGUCAUCGGUGUACAUACAGUAGCCAGUGAACUCCAUUCUCUGCAUUUCUUAACCCAUCACAUCUACUCAGCAUGCAUUGGCCCUCGUGCCUUGCUGUUAUGUUUACUUAAAAUACUUACAAAUAAAUCGGUGCAUUUAA